UUGAAGAAAGGCAAGACGAUGGUAACAGAGCGGUAAGCGGAGUAUUUCAUUUUCAUUUUCAAUUUCGCAAAGGCAGCAGGGACAUAAAACCCCAUCUUGUAAGAGUUGAGGCAGCAAGUGAAGAGAAGAAGAGAGAGUAUUCCAAAAUGUUGAAGCUAUCUCGAGCACUGCCUUUCACUUCCACCUGCAGGCUUCGGUUGCUUAGGAAAGCUGAGGUUGGAGACUGUCCAAGGGAUCGCCACCAUUUUAUUUAUUCUGCGGCCUUUUCUACUGCUACAAAUAAUUAUUCUGCUAAAGGAUAUGCUUCAGAUCGUAUAUUUGCUCCUUAUUCUGUCUACAAGGGCAAAGCUGCAUUCUCGUUGAGUCCUUGUCUUCCUACUUUCACUAAGUUGGAUUCUGGGACUGUCGUUGUUGAACGACGCGGUUCAAUUAUGAUGAUUUUCAUGCAUGCCGUUGGGGAGCGCAAAUAUGACUGGGAGAAGAGACAGAGAUUUGCUCUUUCGGCAACUGAAGUUGGUUCUUUGAUAACCAUGGGCCCCCAAGAUUCCUGCGAAUUCUUUCAUGAUCCCUCAAUGUUAUCAAGUAAUGCUGGUCAAGUAAGGAAGAGCUUAUCAAUUAAGCCUCAUGCAAAUAGCAAUGGCUACUUUGUGUCUUUGACUGUUGUCAACAACCUGUUAAACACCAAAGACAACUUCAGUGUUCCUGUCACAACUGCUGAGUUCGCAGUAAUGAAGACAGCUUGCAGUUUCGCGUUGCCACACAUUAUGGGUUGGGACCGAAUUACUAAUCAGCAAUCCAGGAGCACAGUUGGCCUUCAAUCGAAGGCAGGCUCACAAGUUUUAGACUUGGAAUGGGAUAAGUGAAUCGCCGCAGAGAAAUAUGAAACGAGUUCCUGUCUGUGCUGCAAUUCCAAUUUGUAUAUGAUCAAUUUAAAGACUAGAACUGCUGGGGGAAGACAUCUUGUAAAUUGUGAUAUUUAAGAGGUGAGAAGGAUGAUUGAUCAGAUGUCAACACCAUUUUGCUAUUAGUCAUGUUAUUAUUAUUGUGUUGAUGUCUGCUAGUUUGGUCUUCUGCUGGCAUUGAAAUUACCAUAGGUUGUUGGAACAUUAGUAGUCUGAUGACAACACGUAAGAACAUUGGUUUUAUGCUGGCAAGUUUAUUCUGCAUGGACAGUUUAACGGUUAUUUGGUGAAUGUGUUCUCUUUCC